AUGCCCGACAUGGGUUCCGCUCAUGCCGGCUCGGCCUCCUGGAACCCCUUUGAACCGCCGCCGCUCAAUCUAGGCAGCUCGGAAGGCCAUGGAAAUCCAUUCAACAACAAGAGAUCAUUCGGCUCCGCCUAUGAGUCUCUGGGACAGGCUACCUCAGGCCGCAACAAGUCUCAGCGCACAGCUGAUGUGUCUGAUGUCAUCGACCUUACUGGGGACGAUGAUGAUGUACACACCUCGUUCAUGUCGCGCUCAAGGCAAGUGGAGGCACAGGAACGAGGUCGUAGAGCCGCUUCGUUGGCACGCGCUUCCCGUCAAUUCUCUCAGAAUCCUCACAACGCCAGACCUCCUGUGGUGCGUCCUAUCCCAGGGACAUAUGGCAUCGGAUAUGCCAACGGCCUACAAAAUCCGAACAAUGGUAUUCACCAGGGAUAUGCCAGCCCGAGCUCUUCUUCGAGUUUGGCUUCAACUCCUGGCGGAGACUUCAUACCCCGGAUGCCUGGUUCUUUCAUUAACGAUGAAGAUAUGAACUUUGGUUUCACGCCGGCUAGCCAGAUGAUGAACCGUCAGCUAGCCAGCCGGAACGGAUAUCUUUCUACCAGUAGAUCCUCUCUCAGCACCUCUGAUGUGAUCAACAGAGCCAACAACAUGAACUUUAUGGACCUUACCGACGGCUCCGGAAACCCGCUGGAUGCUCGCGUUGUCUCUUUGAUGGAGGACAUUAACAAUGACCCUCGCAGAUCCAAAGAGGAAGUGGAGGCACUUCUACGCAAUGUACACGCCGGCAUGGAUAUCCCGGAGGAAGAUCGAGAGGGAACUCCUGAAGCUAUGAGAUACCCCCUUUAUUCGCACCAGAGGGUUGCGUUGACGUGGAUGAAGCGCCAAGAGAAGGGUACCAACAAGGGAGGUAUUUUGGCCGAUGACAUGGGCCUGGGAAAAACAAUCUCUGUUCUCUCCCUCAUGGUGUCACAAAAGUCGACCAAGCCAGGAUGCAAGACCACUUUGAUCGUGGCUCCGCUGUCUCUGAUUCGGCAGUGGGAGGAUGAGAUCAAGAAGAAGCUCAAGAGUGGCCCACCCCAUGCUUUGACUGUAUACGUCCAUCACAGCACUCAGAAGGUCAAAGCCCAAGAGUUGAUGAAGUACGAUGUCGUCCUCACCACCUAUGGUACUCUUGUCUCAGACAGGAAGAAAUACGCGGCUUGGAUCAAGGAUUUGAACGGGCGUCAAAUGUCGAGCAAGACCGACCCCAAUUUGGCCAGCUCUGUCUCCCUAUUCCACCCAGAUUACUCAAAGUUCUAUCGCAUUGUUCUGGAUGAGAGUCAACAGAUCAAGAACCAUAAGGCGCAAGCGGCUAUGGCGGCUUCCUACCUGCAGAGCGAUUAUCGUUGGUGCCUAUCUGGCACCCCGAUGAUGAACGGCGUCGAUGAGCUCUUCUCUCUCUACAGAUUCCUGAGGAUCAAGCCAUACAACGACUGGUCUAAGUUCCGCGGCGCUUUUGGAGUGCUCUUUGGGAAGAAAGGCGACCCUCAAGCCCAGGCAAUGAGAAACUUGCAGGUUCUCCUCAAGGCGACUCUUUUACGCCGGACCAAGAGCUCGCAAAUUGAUGGAAAGCCCAUUUUGCAACUUCCGGAGAAAACAGAGGAGGUGGUUUACGCAGAGUUGGACGAAGACGAGCGCAAGUUCUACACUGAUUUGGAGACCAAGUCGCAGGUGCAGAUCAACAAGUACCUGCGAAAGGGCACUCUGGGCAAGCACUACUCUCACGUAUUGGUGUUACUUCUCCGCCUCCGCCAAACUUGUUGUCACCCGCAUUUGCUUCUCGAAGCAGACGAUGCAGUGCCUGAAGUCGAUGACGAUAUGCUCAAUCGCGUCAGAACCUUAUCUAUAGCUGUUGUUCAGCGCCUCACUGAGAAGUCCCGCGCACUCGUGAGUGCCGACGCCAUCAAUGAAGGCUUUGAGUGCCCAAUCUGCUACGACAUGAUGCCCGACCCGACUAUUCCACUGCCUUGUGGGCACGAACUCUGUGCCGGCUGUCUCAAGCAGCACGUUGACAAUGCUAGGCGGGAGAACAUUAGAAAUGGCGAAGACGAAGGCCAGGUCAAGUGCGCUGUCUGCAGAGGCACGUUGGACCCGGCGAACGUUAUCACUUUUUCAGCGUUCAAGAAGGUCUACAUGCCUGAUGACGCUGCUAGUGGAAGCUCUGAGGAUGAAGAGUCUGACGGCUCCGUUUGGAGUAGCGACGAUAACGAGGAAGAGGACGAGGACCAGGACCAGGAUGACGCCGAUGCAGACGACGCCGACAAGAACGGCAAUCUCAAAGGCUUCGUCGUUCCUGAUGGUUACGCUAACAUUAGUGAUGAUGAGGACGAGCUGUCGGGGUCUCCAGCGCCAAAGCCCAAGGCGACCGAGCCAAAAGAGAAGAAGAAGAAGAAGAAGAAGUCGAAGGGCAAAAUGAAUGCUGUGAAGCCCUCCAGCAAGGAGUCGAAAAAGAGACUGAAGAAGAUCAAGGGCAGCCAGUUGGCAACGCUUCGAAAGAAUGCCAAGAAGAAUGCUGGUGCCUGGCAGGACUACACAAAGUACCUGAGUCAUCAUUGGCUUGCUUCGUCCAAGACCAGGGCUUGCGUGGACCUUCUUAAGAAGAUUCAGGAAACAGGCGAGAAGACAAUUAUUUUCUCCCAGUGGACGAUGCUUCUGGAUCUUUUGCAGGUCGCUAUCAGAAAGGAAGGUCUCAACAUCAAGCAUUGCCGCUACACGGGAGAGAUGUCGAUGGCACAGCGUGACGACACCGCUUUCACUUUUUCGAACGAUCCGAGCAUGAAGGUCAUGAUGGUGUCGUUGCGCGCCGGAAACGCUGGUCUCAACCUUGUCGCGGCUUCACAGGUUAUCAUCAUGGAUCCUUUCUGGAAUCCAUACAUUGAGAUGCAAGCCGUCGAUAGAGCGCACCGCAUCGGCCAGCAAAAGCCUGUAAAGGUGCACCGAAUCUUGACCCAACAGACGGUUGAAGAUCGUAUCGUUCAGCUUCAGGAAAAGAAGAGGGCGACUGUGGAUGCCGCUUUGGAUGAGCGCGAGGGUGCCAAGUUGGCUGGCCUCAGCUUGACUGAGCUGCGUUUCCUUUUCAACCUCUGA